GUCCAAUGAAUGAAGCUGAACUUACGGGAGAAAAAGCGGCUGACAAUUGAGGUGCACUCAUGAACGAGUUAGACGACAGAUCUCCUUGCAGGGCUGAGUUAGUUACGGCUCACACACUAAACUCGUUGGCCAUUUGUCGAAGCGGACUUUCACUGGUACGAUUUAUCACGCCCUUUUUGACCCUCUGCCUGUCUCUCUGUAAGCUUCGAUGUUAGAUAUCCGGCUUCUGACAGCAUCUUACCGUUGAAUACGCACUCAAAACCAUUACUAGAGUUUCCUUAGGAGGUAGGUCGCUCUCUUCACGUAUUGGUAGAGCCGUACGUUCGCGGUCGAAGUUCAGGUCGGAUUCGCCGUUCACGCUUGACCCGCCGCGACUUGCUGGCGAGAAUGCGUGAAUUCCUGGUUUAUGUAACUGCAGGAACUCUGCGCGAUACGGAUGAGCGAGAUCUUCGGAAACGGAAGUGACAGAAGAACCUGUAGUGGAGACACCUAUUCCGUAUUGUGUAUCACUUUGGCGUGUCAGCGUGGGGGGCGGCUGACGGGCUACAGCCGAUGUUUCCCAACAUGUACUUUCUUUUGGCGCCAGUUUCAUGAUUCAAAUGCUUUCAGUAUUCAUUUAGUCGCGCAGGUAGCCCUCUGCUGCCCUAGUGCUUCGAAGUAGGAAGCUAGUUAUCGGCGGCCCACAGAAGUCUUUCCACAGGGACAAGCUCAGCGAGUUGAGCCAAGUCCAGGUUUUCUGCCAGCUUCGUAGCGUCAGGUGUGCAGUUAGACUAUAUACCCGUCCACAAAACGGAGGAAGAAAUGCAAUGGAAGAUAAUGGGCCUUCAGCUAUCUACGUAGUCGCUGCGACUGACCGAGGUCAGUCGCCAGCGUUGGCGGUCGUGUCGCAUUGUUACAACACAGUGACUGCUUCAUCCGCGAGGGGGGGAGUCCACCUUCAACACAUGGGAGCAAGUUCUUGAUGAGGCGUGUGAUCCCCGCAAGCACAUCUCUUCCAAGUGGCAUAGAAAGAGGGGUACUGAUCUUCACAAUUAAGAGAGCUUGCAUGGGAAUGAGUAUUCUGUAGAGCCCGGAGACUUGUUCCCCUGCUCCACGGACGCACCAGUUGCCCAGUGAUGCGCGGGAAUCACCUGAUGAUGGUAGGCACUGACUGGACGCAAUGAACUUCAAAAACGAUGCCGCCUUGAAGGAGAAACUCAAAAUGCGUGAAGUUUUUCUAAGCUCAUGACGUGGGAAAAUUGCAGUUGCCGUGUGAACUGAAACACCCAAGCGCAGUGUCAGCAGCGACCGGUUCGAAGUGACACAUAAAGUAGAGCGCAGGUGUGCUUUCGGCCCGUUCCGUCACAAACGCGUUUCCGGCGCCUUGGUCCGGAUAUCAUUACGGUAAUCGAGUGCCCUACCAGACCUGGCUUAUUUUGCUGCCCACGUCAGAAGGGGCUUGCCCGCCCGAAGAGAUUCAACACGAUAAAAAGUGGUCAAAAUACGCCAUCAUGAGAGUCAUGUGGACGCCGCCUGAUGCUCGAGCACAAGUGAGGAACAGAGGCGAGAAGCUCCUGACCGAGGGUAGCAGGACUCGAGACGCGUAGACUGACGACGCUCACCGUUGUAGACACAUGUUACGCUGGUUUUGGUGUGGCAGGUGACAUCGCGAACUUGAAUACACCUCAGGUAGUUUGUCAAGGAGCAAGAAGAAGAAGACCGUUCCACAUGAAUCGCUUUCCUGAACGAGAAAUAUGUGCCGCUUCACUCGGAGCAUGCCUUCGUGCUGCGUCAAAAACGGUGCUCCACUCGGUGGUCCAUCGGUCAACUUCGGUGAUGCAUUGGCUUCCAUUACUCGACAAGUGAGCCAAAGGAUUUUCGUUAUUGGUGUUCGUCACAAUCUUGAUCAUUCUGCAUCCAAGUGGGAGAAUCUCUUAACAGACCGUGCGAUGGCAAACGAUUUACGGUCGGCCUUCCGAUGUUUCGGCAGCAUCAGGAAGCGCGUCUGGCCAACUUAUGGGGCCAGAUCAACUUUUUUACUAGUUUCUUGCGGUUUGUUUAACUAGGGAUGCCUAUUGUUUUUUCGGCUCCCGUGGCCCGCGUAGAGUGUUUGGUUGGGUUCAAGCACAUUCUACGUAUGGUGGUUACGAACCCGCUGGGGCGUAGCAUGGCAUAUCCAGACAAUGAAGCCGUGCCGUACACAUCGCGGUUCUUCAGAGAGUACUGCACGGGGGAUGCCCAUCUCGACCCUUUUGGCAGAACCGCCGUUGGAGUGUUCUACUGCAGAGUUAGACCCACUCCCCAGCUUUGAUAGAGGGCAGGAGUCUUUUGCAUCCGGGCACCGUGGCAACCUGUUUCGGCGUUUCAUACUGAAGUGUCCUACGCCACUCAAGCAGUUCCUGAAGAAUACAGCGCAAGAUUUGCGUGCUGGAGAGACAGAUUUCGCGGAGAUCUACAGAAAAUCAGUCGCCACUCCGGAAGGCGAUUGCCAGUUUGUCAAAUGGAACUCUGCGAAGACUAAGGACCACCCUUGGCGGAAGACUGUUGGUUUCAGCGUCGAUUUUAGGUCACCAUUACGGUUUUUCCUGCUUCGGUUCGAGGACCCGCAGACAGAGAAGGAAUACGCUCUUGUUUGCAAUCACCUUUGCAUAGUUCGGUUUAUUUUUCAGUUGCUGAUUCAUCACGCAGUUAUCAUGCCCAUCCUAUAUGGAGUGUUUUCGUUUACUGGCACACACCAAGAUUUCCGCGUCUUCUUCCCAUCGCUGGAAACUUUCUAUUCUGUGUACUUCGCGCUUAGUGUGAGCUUGGGGUUGUCUUUGGCUUUCCUUCUUGCGUUCUCUGGCAUUUUCGGCCCGUUAGGUAGUUGGGUGAGGCGACGAGCCUUGUCCAUCUCGUACAUCUACACUUUCCUGAUGGUAACUGGGUAUUGCAUGCCCUUUGCCAGUUUGGGACGGUCGUUCCCAACUCCGAGGAAAGCGAUAAAAUUAGCCAGUGAAGAGCGACCAGCUGAGUGGCACGCGACAGAACCGCUCAAUGCCUCUCUGGUAAACACUCUUCUGGGAACGGAACGCAUCUUCGUGGACACCACCUUGUUCUCUGCCUACCUCUUCUUCUCGUCGAUUUUAUGGCUGGAUCUUCUGGCCCCUUCGCUCGUCCGGCUUACGGCUUUUCUCCACAUAUGGAUCCCCUCUGCCUUUGCAUCCCUCUUCGUCACUGCGUAUAUUUACUCCCACUAUGUCAACCCUUCCACCUUGGUCACAGCCAUUUGCCUCUUGUAUUCUCUAUCGCUAUGGAGCUACGCCGGACGUUAUGCCACUGAGCUGCAGCAUCGGAUUGUCUUCUUGAACUGGAGGAACUCGCGGGAGCGGCUCUGGAAGCUCAUCGAAGAGUCGCCUCAGCCCCCGAAUAAUUCAAGUGCAGUCGAUGGAAUGAUGGUUCAUCUGCAUCAAAUGAAUAGAAUGAUCAAGCAGUUGAUGUUGCAAUCGGGAGUAGAGGGAGCUGAAGGCCAGCUCGAGAAGAUGGGGAUCCUCGUGAAUGAGCUCGAAGACACUUUACGGAGAAACAGCGACAUUUAUUCCGUCGAGCUUCAAGGUGGCGACCCUUUCAGCCGUAACUUCAUGGAACUCCAUAUGAGACUGCCACCCAUAAGGGUAGAGCGUAGGAAUCUUGAAGGCUCCAGUGAUCGAGAACAUAUGUUUUCCACGGAUUCAAAACCGGAUUUCUUGAGUUACUCAGGAAACAGUCUUGCGGGAUCGCCUGGUGGAUGUGAAGCUCAUUCAGAACUGUCCCAAGUUGAUAAAACUCUCUAUACAGUGGCGUCGAAGAACUGGCAGGAUCUUGUAGACCAUGUUGGUGUGGCUUGGAACUUCGACUUGUUAGAGGUUGAAGAGGAGACAGGCCACGCUUUGUCACUAACUGGAUUUGUACUGUUAAACGGAGUAGUCGCGGAUUGGGGAUGUCCGCCCAGUAGGCUGACAAACUUCUUGCUGUCGUGCGAAGCUCAACAUCAAGCCAACCCAUACCACAAUCAGCGACAUGCAGCAAUGGUUGCUCAUGCUACAGCAUGGUUGGCGAAUACAGUGGGGGCACUAAACAAGUGCGACAGCGUUGAAAGAGCAACGCUUUACGUCGCAGCCCUUUGCCAUGACCUAGGCCACCCCGGGAGAACAAAUCAGUUCUUUGUGUCGUCACAUGACCCGCUGGCUAUUGUUUACAAUGACAUAUCGUGCUUGGAAAACCUACACUGCUGUCUUUGUUUUCGGACCCUUCAAAAGGAAGAAAACAAUGUUUUCUACUAUGUGGAUAACGAACAGUUUAGAUUCGUUCGAUCAAAGCUCAUCGAAGCGAUUUUGGCAACCGACAUGAAACAACAUUUUGAGACGAUAAGCCGAUUUCGGCUUCGUACUUCAGCAGACGAUUUCGACGUGGCGAAGCACGUUGAUGAUCGCUGGGCUGUGUUGAAGAUGUUCGUGAAAAUGGCAGAUAUCAGUCAUGUAGCGCUUCCUUGGGACAUGCAUUUCCGAUUGUCUUGCGACAUCGUGGAAGAGUUCUACCAGCAAGGAGAUGAGGAGCUUCGGCGAGGGAUGCCGCUGUCACAGCUGUGUGAUCGCUCAAAACAUAAUGAGAUGCCGAAAUCUCAAGAAGGGUUCAUCGAGUUCUUAGCCAAACCUUUGGUCGGCGUGCUCAUAGAGGGAGACUCCACCGGAACGAUAAAGACUGAGGUCAGCGAGCAGAUGGAGCGAAAUCUUCUACGUUGGAAGCAAAUGGUGGCUGACCAGGUUGUUGUGCCGCUACGUCCUCUGGGCCCUCGAACACAAGUGCGAACGUUCACUGCUUCAGCAGUUCGGAGGCUAGCUGGUGUUGAAAGCGUUCAAGCUGCCCCAACUAUCUCGCAGAGCGUUAUCAAAUGGCCCGAGACAACGGGCAGGCAGUGCGGAAAGAAUAGUGUCGAAGUUGAAAGAGGAGUUAAUCACACUAUCGGAAGUCAGUCGGUCACUGCAAUAGAGAGCACGGAUCCGUAUCCAACCCGCCGUCCUUGGGGAGCCGGCUUUUUAGCCAAAGGCCUGACAUCGGGGAAGAAAUGGACGGGUAUUGCUGCUGCACGUCCGGCUGCGCCACUCGCUGAUACGGAAGAGGUCGCCUCUCAGCGAAAACACCGUUCGGAAGGAACAGAUACGUUGAAUUGGGGAUCGUUGCCACCGGGUGCAACACGCAAGGAAGCUGGGCCCAUUCUGUUUACGCAGGACGCGGAAACGACUGAAGUAAUGUCGCGCGAGAACUCCCGCAGGAUGGUGUGCCGAUAUAAUUCGUCAUCCGAAACUUCUUACGGAUCCGACGGCAACACUCCGUGUGGUGCCGAGGCAAACACCUUGGAGUCGUAGCGUUGAAGCCACCUGUUCUUCGUCGGCCUAAAUGACUAGAGAUUCGAUCAAAAGCAGCUUUAUGGGAGUGCAUCUGUGUUACGGGUGUUCUAUUGAUGUGAUCGCACACCCACGGUACCUCAGAUUCCCGAGACAACGACGCCGUAAAGGUUUGGUACGCAGCGACGCUGUCGUGUCUACUUUUCGCGACAGAAUUUUGUCUGAUUUUUGAGUUAGGUUCAAGAGUUCGACAAGAAGCUGUUUUGAUUUGAUCAUCGCAUAUACACGGCCAUUAACUACCAUCUCGUGGUCACUGUGUAGAUAUCGAAGCGACUCCUACCCAUGUUCAAGAUGUUUAUAAUGUCAUGGCAAUUGAGAAGCAGGGAUAAAAAAUUUUUAUAAAGCAAAAACAAACACUCUAAUCCAAGUAGUGUCCGUCGAGAAUUGUUUUUACAGGUAUCCGCUCCCUGGGAUUCCACCUGAGAAGCUGACAUACCACAUCAACUAGUGGCUUGCCCCUAGAAAGGAGGCCGUGUGUGUUUUGUUAUUGAACCGCGAGCGUAGACGUAGACGUGGCUCACUCAAUCCCAAUGACAGACAAAAGCAAGUCAUGAAGUGGAAGUGGUGCCAGCCCUACCAUCUGCUUGAAAAUUGAAGAGGCAAGAGCCUGAGAAAACGACGGUUUGCUCAAUACACGUCACGGAUGAAUAUAUUCCAGUCUUACCUUCGCACGCUCGGGGCAACCUGUACAAAGCGAUUCCGUAUCAACCCUGAUACAUUCGCAAAUUUGCGACCGCAUUAGGGAGUGUCUGUCGCCUUAUAAUAACCUUGUGGGUGCACCAA